ACAGGGCUAGAGGGGGCUUCAACGUUCAGAGGGAAGGAAAGUGGGCAGGAACCAUUUCCUGUCUCCUCCUGCCCCAUCCCAGCCCUGGCCCAGCCUCCACCUGGGUACAGGAGUGCUUUGCCAGGGCUGGGGUCUGAGGUCUGGUGGGCAUCUCCUUCCCCUGGACCUCACAAUACCCUGGAAAGUGACAGAAGCCUUGGACUGGCAGAGGGGACAGGUGGAGCCCUCCCAGGGUUUCCCCCGGCAGGGUUGCAGUCUCCUCUGUGAAAUAUGGGUUUCAGAUGGCCCCUCCUCCUGGUGGUCCUGCUGUUCAAGGGUUAAUGGGCCAUGUCAUGCCACUCUACUGUGGCUGUCCCUCUUGAUCCUUCAAGCUGGCACAAAGCUGUAGCCAGCAACCUCAAGCCUUGAGCGCUCACAAUAGGCUCUCUCCCAAGGUCCGCUCUUCUCAUUCAUGGGACUGAGGCCCAGCCCCCUGCUGGCACACAGGAGGAAAGGGUGGCAUUAAGGAGUGGUGGGAGGGAAAGUGCCCAGGUUGGACUCCCCCUGCUGAUUUUGGGCAAGUGACUCAGCCUGGACUGUCUGGGGUUUCUAUUAGUCAACUUGGAUGACAAUGGAGUUGCCUCAUAGGAAGGCUGCCCGGACCGCACUGAUGCUCACUGCGCCCCGUUUAAUCACGGAAAGAUUAAAUGUUCAGGAAGAGCACUUUCCCGUGCCUGGCAGUGAACGUCAACUAGAAUCCCGCGCAACUCUGCCUGAUGUGCUGCCUGCUCUGCAGGCUCCAGCUCGGAUAAGAGCCCGGCGGGGUGAGCCUUGGGGCGCGGCUCCGGCCAGGUUCCCGCACGCGGCUGUCAGUCACCCAUUGCGGUCGCUGCCUGGCCCUUCUUCCUUCUCCUGGAACGCUCCGGGCCGGCGGGUUCACCUGCCAGGCCCCGGAAGUUGCGCAAACACCGGCUACCUGAGCCAGGUGGGCGGGAGGCGCGCAGGCUGCUGGCAGGAGGCGGCUUGUGCGGCCAGCCGAGCCCGGCUUCCAGCUGCCAACUUCGUGCCUUUAUCUGUCUCCUCGCCUCUGCCCUCGGGGUAUGUAACCGCCAUGCCUGUGGACACGCUGAGCCCUGCAGCCCCCGCCGCUCCUGUCCUCCCUUUUCGCCUGCGAACCAAGGUCCCCAGCUACCUGCUACCAAGGCCAGCGGAUGGGGGAGCUCGGAAGCUGAGUGCUGUGGAACGCCUGGAGGCUGACAAGGCCAAGUACGUCAAGAGUCUCCAUGUGGCCAACACCCGCCAAGAGCCUGUGCAGCCUCCGUUAGCCCGACAGCCCCUCUUCAGCCCUGGUUCUCGCGGGCCAGUGCUCACACCCAGCCGCCGAGCCCUGCCCUGUCCUGGCCGCCGGCCCCAACUGGACCUCGACAUCCUUAGCAGUCUCAUCAACCUGUGUGACAGUCCUGUGUCCCCAGCUGAGGCCAGCCGAACGCCUGGACGGGCAGAAGGAUCUACCCACAAGGUCCCACCAGCCACCCCUCCUCGUCCUCCACCUAGUACGGUUGCCGUGCGCCGAGUGGAUGUUCGUCCACUGCCUGCUUCACCUGCUCGGCCCUGUCCAUCGCCUGGUACCACCGCCACCUCCAGCCCGGGCCGGCCCCCUGGUCUGCAACGCUCCAAGUCGGACCUGAGCGAGCGCUUUUCCAGGGCAGCAGCCGACCUCGAGCGCUUUUUUAACUUCUGUGGCCUGGAUCCAGAGGAAGCACGAGGAUUGGGGGUAGCCCACCUAGCAAGGGCCAGCUCGGACAUCGUGUCUCUAGCCGGGCCAAGUGCUGAACCGUGCAGCUCUGAAGGGGGCUGCUCGCACCGCAGCUCUGCUACCGUGGAGGAGCGAGUCCUGGAGCGUGUCCCCUACGGGGUGUCUGUGAUUGAGCGCAAUGCCCGUGUGAUCAAGUGGCUGUAUGGGUUGCGGCAGGCACGUGACCCUCCGGCUGCUGAGGGCUAGGUCUCCUGGACUCGGGCUUCCCGGAAGGACAUUGUCAAGAGGCACCUCGUCCUUUCUUGUAUCCAUUGGCUGCCUUCCGGCAGACCAGACGCGGCUCCCUUGGGUGAACUCGGUGUAGAGGCCAAGACUUAGUCCUAGACCAGCAUCCUCUGGCAAGCAAGGACUGACCUACAGAGGCUUGCUGUAGGCCUUGGCCUCCCCCACCCCCUAACAAGGUUUGUGACACAGUG